AUGGGCAACACCUCUUCCUUUUCGGGCCGCAAACUGCCCAGAAUCACCCUUCCAAAGGCUAGCAAUGGUGCUGCUAUCAAAGCUGGGAAGAUAGUGCAUCCGGAUUUUGAGCUUUGGUGUGGCAAAGAACUCCUUUUUACUGGUGCAGUUGCCAAGCAACCAGGUUGGAAGGAAGUUCCCAAGAAGUUUAACAUCCACGGCUACACUAAAGAGAUGCUGAUCAAGUUUAGACUCUUACGCUUUGUUAGGCCUCAUGAACAUGCCAUUAUCCCUCAAGAUUUGGAGCCCUUCCUCCACAGCAUGCCAGAUCGAUUCAAAGCUGGAGGUCGUUGCCUUCAUUAUCCUCCACCACCUCCCCAGAAGCCCAAAGCUGUGCUCCAGAGAGGCCGGACGACAAAACGAGACAAGAAGGCCUCUGUUGAUGACUGUGGUGGUUCUGAAGAUGAGCAUCUUCUGAAUUGA